CUAGUGACUCUAGCCUGACUGUUGUUUAUGUACUGGCCUCUGAUGGUCUUAGUCUAACAUUGAGGAAUAGUAGCUGCCCAUGCCACAGUUAUUUGAAGAUAUUUUGUCAUGUGGAACCAAGCUUGCAGUCAGUCCCCUGUUGGGGUGACCAGCCACAAAGCAGUGAUAUCAAAGAGGGCUGCUCUUCACAUUUUGCCCUGCACAGUUUCUCAGCUGCUGUCAGCUUCUCAAGUCAGCAAUGAUACCUUUGCAGUCUGCAACUGGGAACUCAACCAGGUGUCCAUAGUGGGCCUCCUCAGAGGAUUUGCUCCCUUUGUGACUAACAUCCAGUAUUCUGUGGAUGACAUGACUGGUCCACCUUUGAAUGUGAAGCAGUGGGUUAACGCCACAGAGGACUGUGCUCUGACGUUUGCGUCUCCUGGAGUAUAUGUAAAGGUUACUGGAACGCUGCGCAGUUUCAAUGGUCAAAGGUCAUUGAUGGCAAUGAAUAUCUACUGUCUCAAAGACCCGAAUGAGAUCACAUCCCACAUGUUGGAAGUGGUACAAGCCCAUAUGCAGAUUUUUCGAAAGGCAUUUGAUGUCAAUAUGAAUACCACUGCUUCCUCGCUGUCUGGAGGACUCCUUGGGCAUAGUGGAGGUGGACAUCCUGUAGACAUCUUACCAAAUGGUUUGUCCACUAUCCAGGAACAGGUGUUGCACGUAAUCAAAAGGUUCUCUGUCCGUGAUGAUGGCAUCAGUUUCCAAGACCUGAAGACGCAGCUGGACUACUUAAGUACAAAAGACCUCAGAACCUCCUUGGCGUUUCUAAUAAAUGAAGGUCACGUCUUCUCUACCAUUGAUGAGCAUCAUUUCAAGUCAUCAGAACCUUAACGGGCUACCUGGAGGCUAGUGAACAUCAACAUCGCAGCUGAUCGUGCUACCCACAUUUUUGGGGUGACAAAUCUGAAUUGUUUCGGUUAAAUUUUGUUUUUAUUUAAAACUUUAAACCUUGUAUAAUCAUGAUCAGACACAUAAGGAAACUGUUACAGGGUUUAUAGUGAAUCUUUUGUGGCUUGUAAAUAAUUUCUACACUGAUGUAUUGCUCAGGCUUCAUUAUGUUUGACCAUAUAUUUAUAUUUUUUUGUUUCUAAAUUUGUGUGCUGAACUUGUGGGUGCCCUGCAAAUGUCAGAUUGCUGUAUAUAAAGAAUUAAGUUUAAAAUGCA